CUGUGACUGAACAACAGUCAUCGGCGAUGGUCGCCACCACAUCAUCAACUGCCCGGCCAACUUCGGCCGCCGGACUUGGUGAGGAAGAGAAUCAUGUAGAUGAAACUACGGCUCUUCUGGCUUCCAGCAAGCGUACUGAUGCCGAUCCUGUCACACACGGCUCGGAUGCCUCGGACGCUUUGGCAGCGUCAGAUGACGAGGAGGACAAACCUCUGCCCAAGGUUCAAAUUCUGCUGCUUUGCUAUGCACGGGUGGUGGAGCCCCUCGCUUUCUUCUCCAUCUUUCCCUAUAUUAGCCAGAUGGUCCAAGACAACGGGGGCGUGAAGGACUCCGACGUCGGCUUCUACAGUGGGCUCAUCGAGUCACUGUUCUCGCUGACGCAGGCCAUCGUCAUGAUCUUUUGGGGUCACGCAGCCGACCGCAUCGGGCGGAAACCGGUGCUGGUUUUCUCGUUGUUUGGCGUGACCGUGGCGACGGGCCUCUUCGGGCUGGCCAAGACCAUCCCGCAGAUGAUUCUGUUCCGGUGUCUGGCGGGCGUUUUUGCGGGCACCAUUGUCACCAUCCGCACCAUGGUGGCCGAGCACAGCACGAGCAAGACCCAGGCCCGCGCCUUCAGUUGGUUCGCCUUCAGCGGGAACCUAGGCAUCUUCCUGGGCCCUUUGCUGGGGGGCAGCCUGGCCGAUCCGGUCCACCAGUACCCUGGGGUCUUUGGCUCUGUCCGUUUCUUCGCAGACUAUCCCUACGCGCUGUCCAGUCUGGUGGUUGCGAUGGUCGGCGCGACUGCUGCGUUCUCUAGCGCCUUCUUCGUGCAAGAGACCUUGAAGAAGGAGCCCGCUGCUGCAUUGGAGCAGGAGGGCGAGGAGGCAGCAACACCCGGCGCGCCGAUCGCGAGCGGCGACCUCUCGACAUGGGAGUUGCUGAAGUCCCCCGGAGUGGGGAUGGUCAUCUAUACCUAUGCGCAUAUCAUGGUCCUCGCUUUCGCGUACACGGCCAUCAUCCCGGUCUUUUGGUUCACCCCGCCGCACCUCGGGGGCUACGGCUUCACAACCCGACAAAUGUCGCUACUGAUGGGUCUUAAUGGCGCUGCCCAAGCGACGUGGCUCCUUUUGAUCUUCCCACCCCUGCAGAAGCGCAUCGGGACCAACGGGGUGAUCCGCCUGUGCGCCUAUGCCUAUCCGUGGUUCUUCCUGUCCUGCCCAGCGGGCAAUCUUCUCCUAAGAAUAGGCACCGAGACCUCCAUCAAGGUGUUCUGGGUCUUGCUGCCGAUCGCCCUGGCCGUCGGGUGCGGCGUCAGCAUGAGUUUCACGGCAAUCCAGCUCGCGCUCAAUGACAUCGCCCCGUCGCUCAACGUCUUGGGCACGCUGAACGCGCUGGCUUUGACCGGGGUGAGCGGGCUCAGGGCGUUCUGCCCUGCUGUGUUUGCGAGUUUGUUCGCCCUUGGGGCGGUAUCGCAGCUGGCCGGGGGCUACGCUAUUUGGGUUCUGAUGAUUCUGCUUGCAUUUGCGUUGCCUGUAGCCGCGCGACGUCUGCCUGAGUCGCAGGAAGUACGCAAGCGUCAGAAUGUGCGGGACAGGUGAUGCACUCUUCUGAGGGUAUGGAAUAUAGUAUGUUAUAGACUGGAUGGGUAUCUUUGAUCCGUUAUCCUGAGAUGAAGACUUUAAUAUGACGAGCAUUUAGACGGG